CGUCCCGCCUGCCUGUCGCGUGGCGUCGAUCUGGACGACAGGAACAGACGAAAACCCCCCAACCCUCACCGCCUCAUCCCAUCCCCGACCUCCACUCUCAUUCCCCCAACAGGCUCUCUCGACUAGGGCCGAACAAGGGCACAAGCAAUAGUAACCCUGGGGCUUCCAUAUCUGGCGACUUCGCGGUGACGUGACGCUCAACCAACCUUGCUUAACCCACCCUCUUUGCACCCGACACCAAACUGCGCACAAUCCUUACAGCGAGGAUAAGGAGCCGCCAAGAUGAAAUGUCGCCCUAUCGAAUCGCUCGUUUACGAGUACAUGUUCCCGAAGCCCCGGCAGUCGGAUCCCCAGAACUUCCAAUCCCUCCUUCAGAGGUAUCUUAUUCUCGAAGUCCGGCAAGAGACACAUUCGUUCUACGGUCACUUGGAUACGCCGGAAGCGAAGUAUCCCGGCCUCGACUACACACACCCGAUUCACCGCAUCCGCCUCAGCAGGUGGCCAUGGCACCGUCGCCUUUUCCGCGCCCUUGACGGCCUACGGCUGACUCCCGCCGAAAUCUCGGGUCUGACAAAGUGGGAAGGCACAAAAUGGGCCAAGGAACGGUUUGAGCGGGACCAGGGCAUCCGUAUCCGCGACACUACCGCCGACGGGUUUCCGAACUACGCCGAUCCCGACGACCCGUACUCUGCGCAGUCGCAGCGCGCCGAAUCGGAGGAGACAGAAGGGCCGAUAGAAGGCGAUGACGGAAUCGAGGAGGACGAUGAUGAAGACAACGAGGAAGAGAACGAGGAAGAGGAAGAGGAGGACGAGGAGAGUGACGGGGAACUGGAAAGCGUCGGGGUGGCUCUGAAUGAGCGGCUCCGGCAGCGGGUCGCCAUGCGGAACAUGUCCGGGGAUAACUCGAUGCCGCUCGACGAGGAGUGGGAGAACUGGCUGAAACACGCCAUAGAAUCAGGGGAGUUGCCUCAUGUGGCAGACCAAAUCGCCCGGUUCCCGGGGCCGCACAGCACGCUUACCGCCGACGAUAUCUUUCCGCCGCGGAUGAUGGCCGCCGCUAGGUCCGGCCACUGGGACGAAAUACCCGACUUCCUGCACGACAUGAUUCGGCAGGCUCUCCAGUCAGGGCGCAGGCCAGUGCAGUCAUCUGCGGCUAGCUCGAGCUCGCGGCCUUUGAUCAGGUACUCUAAUGUCCUGAACACGCUCACAAGGGUCGGCGUUUAUCCUCCCCGUGCCGACGUUCGUCCACCAGAAUCCAGCGGCCGGCGAACAACACAGUCGGAGAGCCGAUCUCAACAGACGGCGCAACCGGGUGCGUAACGUGGGGUUUGUUGGAAACCUGGCGCAAUACUUUCCGAGACGACACACACCUCAAAAUUUACACCACACAUCAGAAACACCUUGAUUUUAAUCGUAUUAUGGAC